CUCGCGCGGCGGCGGCUGGGCGGCCGCGGGAGUAGCGCCGCCUUUGCCCCGAGUCCCGCGUGGCCCCGGCGCGAAUGCGGCUGCGGCCGGGCCUGCAGCGGGCGCGGGGGCGCCGGGCGGCCAUGGGGAACUGCUGCUGGGCGCAGUGCUUCGGGCGGCUCCGCCGGGAGGCGGGGCGGCUGCCGCGUGGCGGAGGAUCCAAAUAUUUUAGAACAUGCUCAAGAGGUGAGCAUUUAACGAUAGAGUUUGAGAAUCUAGUAGAAAGUGAUGAAGGGGAGAGCCCAGGAAGCAGGCACAGGCCUCUUACUGAGGAAGAAAUCAUUGACCUAAGAGAGAGGCAUUAUGAUUCUAUUGCUGAGAAACAGAAAGAUCUUGAUAAGAAAAUUCAAAAAGAGUUAGCCUUACGAGAAGAGAAGCUAAGACUAGAAGAGGAGGCUGUGUACGCUGCCCAGCGCCAAGCAGCCAGGGCAGCGAAGCAGCGAAAGCCCUUGGAGGUGAGGGGCCCCGCGAUAGGGCGGCUCCUGUCCUGCUUCUCGGACCAGCCUGUUCCACUUUAUUACAGCUCAGGACCAGAAGACGACUCCGAGUCUUGUUUGCGAAACAUAAAGUCACAGUAUGAAGUUUUCCAAAGUAGCAGACUCUCGUCAGAUGCCACCGUGUUGACACCAAAUACAGAAAGCAGUUGUGACUUAAUGACCAAAACCAAAUCGACGAGUGGAAAUGAUGACAGCACGUCCUUGGAUCUGGAGUGGGAAGAUGAGGAAGGCAUGAAUCGGAUGCUCCCAGUGCGAGAGCGCUCUCGGACGGAGGAGGACAUCCUGCGGGCGGCGCUCAGAGGUGGCCGGAGGCCUGGGAGCCACGCUGCGUCCGCCUCCGACGACUCCAACGGGCUGGAGUGGGAGAGCGACUUCGUGAGCGCUGACGUGGAUGACAACGGCAACUCCGAGUUCUCCGGCUUCGUGAACCCCGUGCUGGACCUGUCGGAGCCCGUUGGGAAGCCAGCGGGCGGAGAGCCACAGACGCGAGGGGCUCAGGUCUUGUGACCCUGCUUGGCAGGGGGGACCCAGUGCUGACCCCAGCGAGAAUGUAUAAAUCAUGCCGAGCCUUUCCAUUGCAGGUGGGAGCCCCGUGUACAUGCUGUCAGGAAGGACCGGAUGAUGGGCUGUAUCUGAAUUGCUUCAGAAUAAGUGCAAUUUCAUCAUCUACCUUCGUUUUUCAAAACAAGUUCAUGGUUCUGUCAUAGUAUCAAUUACCUUCCUGUUUGCAAUUUGUAGGUGUUCUUUUUAGAAUAGCUUUGUUGGUUUUACUUAGUAUGUUUGCAGAACCUUAUUUCAGUGUCUGAGAGUAUUAAGGCUUUUGGUGUUCUGCUCAGCAGACAGGAGGGAGCAGAGGACGGAGCAUCCAGCUCAGACUCAGAAUAACGGUCCCGCUCCGCAUGUCUGUCCCACAGCUCACACUCACCACCAGUCGUAGCAGUUACUCUAGGAGGUGACUCAGAAUGCUCACGUGUCAUUCUCUGUCUACACUGACUACAUAUCCAAGUAGGAUACUGUGAGUCAGUCUGAAACAAAGGAAAUGACAUGACAAAGGAAGCUUCCAGAGUUUGGACACUUGAAAUUGGUCAUCAAGAGUAAUUGAAGAAAAUAAACGUUCACUUCCUUUUACAUGCGCUAUAAAUGAAUGUUGACUUUAAUUGAUAUAUUAAAUUUCUAGACAUCUUUUUUUUUUAAUUUUAUAUUUCCAGUGACUGGCCUUAGAAAGAUCUUCUCUGUGCAUCAUUUAGUAAGAAAGGAAAACCUAACAAGGAAAUACGGGUAUUUCAAAGUAAAUAAAUCCUUUCUGUGUGGAAGGAUCUGUUGAUUCUAUUAAGUUUCCUUUGCCUUGUAGCACAAGGUGCACUAAUGGGCUAGGAUUACGUAUAUCAAUAAAUACAGCUACUUCGUGUGGAAGACAGUGAGCUCUUUUCUCUAAAGGUUAGGCAUCAACUUAAAAGGCCAAGGAGACUCCUAGUGGCUUGUCUCAAUUUUGCUGAGGAUUGACAUGAUUGCAGUCAGCAAACUUGAUUUUUUCCUAGUGCUUUUUCCUUUUCUUUUUCUUGUAACAAUGACAGUGCAUGUUCUCAAAACUAUAGGAAGGUCCAGGUGUAAAUAGUAACUCAGAUUCUUGCUGCACUUAAAGCAUCACAUGGUCCUUUCCGUGUCUGAGCUGCUAGGCAAUGGCAUCUACGGUUCUUCACUUUUAUCUCAUAGACCUAAACGCGACACUAAAUAUGUAAACAGGUUCGGUAACCCUCUUCUUUAUGUCUGUGUCACUAAUUCACGUUGUAGCUGUGUCAUGGGCAAUAUUGUAAAAGUAAUCUAUGUUCACACUGCCUGUUACGCUUUCUGAAGUUUAUAUAUAUCUGAUGUAUAUUCUUGGUUUGGCAUAAGCUACUAUUGUAAUUUUUCUGGCAUUUUGUUCAUAAAGAAUUUUUUGAAGGAAUGGCAUCUUGUCGAGGAUUGUGAAUAAACACAUUUUUAUAUUUAA